UCCGGAGGUCUCAGGGCAUUCAUUGAUUCCAUUCAUCUAAUCUUAGUGUCCACACGUCGUCUAUUCAUUGAUCAGUCCCGCAGCCGCGCAAUGCAAAAACCACCAAUACCACUUACAGAGACAAUAAAAGCCGAUGCUCCCUGCAAUGCAGUCAAUCAGAUUUCGGCAACAGCGGUAGGCCAUACCCAUGUAGCCCUCCAUAAUAUACGAUCUCCAUCCAUGACACCCUGUUCCUCCCAGUGAUCCUCCUCCUUAUGGUCAGUCAUGCCACGAUUCCUCGUCGAGCUCGUCCUCCCCCCAGCCCUCGCCCAGCCCAUCGCCAUCCACCACCUCAUCAUCGUCAUCGCCCGCAUCAGACACGCUGCCAUACGCGCCAUACGAGUACCAAUCGUACAUGUAAUCGUUGUAAUCGUAUGGACCCCCUCGCCAUCGUAUGCUCUCGAAGGCCUCGAUGGCCUGGCCAUCCAAGCCCAGGUCCUGUGAGAGGUACGUCCUGAUUGCCGUGUCAGUGUCAGUGCGGCUCGGCGCCCUACGACGCCUGACGCUCCCGGGAGGCCCCUGGUAGUGGCUGCCGCUGCUGGCUUCGGGCUGCGAGGUCUUGUUAUGCUGAGCGAUGUAAUGGAGAGUAGUGCCUUCACGAAUGGCGAAGAGAUCCUCGAUCGAUAGUGAGAAUGACGCCACGCGGCGGAAGGGAGAGGCAUCCAGCCGGAAAUCUACAACCCGAAACGAACAAGCAGCCAACAGUGGUUUGAAGGGCGGCAUGUGCGUCCCCUCUUUUGUGUGAGUGAGUCACCUUGGUGUGAGCCUGGGAAGAUGCCAGCAUUCUUGUACUCGCCUUGGCUGGAGCUCAAGAGAUCCAAAUACGCCAACAGUCGGCCCUUCGACUUGCCCUGCACCAAUACAACCACGCGACGUGUCACAUGUAUGUUACAUCUGUGAUUGGUUGGGGUUGGGUCGCUGCGUACCAGCCCUGUCAGAGAGUCUUCAGUGUCGUCUGUCUGAAGCUUGGGCUGAGGCGCGGAUGCAGGGGUGUACUGCUCGAUCGGGUUGCCGUGGUCAUCAUACGUCAGCUCUGAUGCCUUGUCACGCUCUCGAUCCACCAGUCCACCACCACGCUGCAUGCAUGUACCAUAUCACCCCCACAGGCACACAGACAGACAUGUUUCGUAGAAAGGAACGCCCAACCUCUUCUCAGCCCUGCUGCUCACCGAUGUGUGGUCCCGGUAGAGAGAAGACAAGGCAUUGAGCAGCGGAUAGCUGAAGCAGCCAAGAACUCCGCCCAGCAGCAGCAUUCCUUCGCUCCACUCUAGCCGCCGAUUGGUCAGCAGCUGAUGACGCCGGCCCUGCUCGCAGCUCGGGGAAGAAAUACACGCGGCUGUGUGUCAUCUGGAAGGGGUGGAACAUGCCAUCAUACCGCCACUUGCACUCCUUGGGUGCAUACGAGCUGUCGGCAGUCGAGGAUACCGGGAAGCCGGCGAGGGCCAGCGAAUGGGUAGAGUGUCCCACCCACAGGCCGAAUGAGGGGGAAGGCUGAAAGUAAAUUGCAGCCUUUCCACACUGUACCUUGAGCUGCUGGCCUCCGACGCCAGGAAAGGCAGAAGGGAGGGUGCGAGGGAUAGUAAGGGCUCGGGGGCUAGACAAAGGCCGCUCAGAAGUCUCAGUCGCGAUGGCCUCUGGAAUGAUCCGCACCUCCGUGCCGAGCCUGCUGUCCAGCCGCACCUCAGUGCCGCUCAUGUAGUGCACCACACGAAACCGAAGCACCUCCUGCCGGCGCCAGACAAUGCCAACGUCGCUAGUGACGGGCGUGGGGACAUUGUCCUCCCAAGGACCGUGAUAUGGGAGGCCAAGAGCCACGAUCGUGUCGCCAUGGCGAGGGUCACGUUCAGCCAACCGGUCACGUUCAGCCAACCCUGCAGACAGAAACAACGCAUCGGAGAUCGUGAGGGCAGACGUGAAGAGUGGCCUGCUCUUCCUGACAGAUGCUUUUCCCCACCUGGCAUCGCGACUGCCGACGGACGAAUCGCGACUGCCGACCCACGCAUCGUGACUGCCGACCCACGCAUCGCGACUGCCGACCCAACCGGGCCCGUGAGCGGAUGAGACACUGGCUGUUGUCGGCGAGCCCUCGUUUCCCUGACACUGAAAAGGGUCGCCCCCAAUCUCUCGGACAGGCGCAGCAGCACGCCGACGAAUGGCGACCCUGCGCUCACGAAGAACGACACCUCAGGAUGCCAGAAGGGGACGUUGCUCCCAAUCUCCUCCCCAUCAAUCUUCUUGGGCGGCGGCUCUUUGCUCGGGUCGAACACCGAUGUAGUCAGCCGCUUGCCGUCCGGUGUGAAGGUCUCCAGCCAGAUGGCCGUCGGCAGGGGGUCGGGCGGCUCGCGAUGGUAACGUGCCUGACUGACAGGGGAGGGCACCCACGCCUGGCGUGCGGGAGAGGCUCCUAAAGCCCUUCCUCUCGGCCUGCCCCUCCCUCCACCCCUCCGCCGUGAUGGCCAAACGGCUGGUGCUGCUGCUGGGGGUGGGGGUGGGGGUGGUGGAGGCGGGGGGAGAGGGUUCCACUGUGGCUUCGUCCAUACUUGAGUGAACCGAACCAGCACGACACUGCCGUCCACGCCAGCUUUCGUCGGGACCAGCAGCGCCGCGGGGGACAGCCGCUCGAAUGACGAGAGGCUUCCUCGAGGGCUGCCACUUCUGCCUCGAACAUCAGGCGGUCCGCCUCGUAUGCGGAGACUUCGGGAUAGUACCGGCUGUCACACCCUCGUGCAGCGCCCUCGUUUGAAGGAGGACUCUUCUUCGGUGGGCGCGCCGCGUGCGACUUGCAGAAGAACGCCCUGCAGACCACACAGUGAGUAUGCUUCGAGUGAUGGUCGGUGUCUGUGCGUCUUGACAUACCUGCCGUGUGCCACGAACAUAGUGGUGGGGAAGAAGGACAGUCUGCCACAGGGCUUCCACUCGUCCGUAUGGGCGUCGUAGCGCGACACGAAGGCCUCUGGCGCCUGAACAUUGAAGGCAGAGACGCAGUAGAGGCAGCCGUGGAGGACGAAGCCAUUGCCCUCCUCAGACGUCCUGCCUGGCAAAGGGCCUGCACACAAGACAAGACACAUGCAGUGAGUGACUCACAGACAUCGACCUGCCAGAUCUUGCCUCACGUGAUGGUGUCGGCUUUGGCGUGAAUGAAGGAAGCAGCCGCACACGCGUCUUCUUCACCCUUUCCUCCGUCUCACGAUCGGCCACCGAGAACUGCUUCCUGUGCCACUUGGCGAAGAGGGAUGACAGGUUCCUCGGCAGGUCGCCCCAGCACUGCUCCGAUGGGGUGCCCAGGAAGAGGACACUUGUGCCGGUGUCCCAGAAGAAGUCGCGCAGACUGCCCGCACACCACUGCUCCGCCGCGGUAAGCAGUAGGGAGGGGAGGAGGGACGAUGGGGGAGGGGCGGAGGGCUCGUCCAUGAGUGGCUGAAGGCCGCAUCCCUUGGCAGUGUUGACGAGCCACCUCUCGACACCGUCCCACGGGCCGUUGGCUGCCUCGCCAUCACCUCCCUGCAACGCAGAUAGCACGCGGACCAGGAAGUCGAAACCCAGGGCCGAUGACGCCUCGUGGACGACGGCACAGGUCACGCCGCCGACUUGGAUGAAGGGAUUCGAGCUGGAUCCGUGCAUUCGGCCCUCGUAAGCUGUGAGGAUGUGCUCGAGAGGGGAGCCUCUGAAGAGCUGGAAGGUGGCUGCGGGAAUGGCGACGUGGACGCCACGGGGAGAAGCAGAUCCGUCGACAGGUGCCUCCUGCUCCAGGAAGAAGACAUUGAUACAUCCGUCAUCGCCAACGUUGGGUCCCUCGAUGCUCCCUUCAGCGUAUGAGUGACCAUCCGGGUGAAGCAGCGGAGGGUUGAAGGGCGAGGCAGAUGACGAUGCUGCCGCUGCCAUCCCACGAACAACGCUGAUUCCAGGGCG